AAAAAAAAAGAAAGAAAAAAUAUAAUUUUCAUUGUUUUCAUGACACAAACUAUCGCCGCCAUCUCUUUUACAGGUGGAAAGGACUGUACGUUAGCGCUCCAUCGUGUCCGAUCCCAAGGUAUGCAAGUGGCUGUCCUGGUUACAUUCAGUCCACCCUCGACAGAUCCACAGUCAUUCAAGGCUCAUUCGAUCGAGAUCAUUCGACAACAAGCCAAAGCACUGGGUAUUCCACACACCAUCUGUAUCAUUGAGGGUCCCAACUACUUGAUGAGCUAUCAGACUCAAAUCAAAUGCUUGGCUGCUACCUUUGGUAUUCAAGCCUUAGUGACAGGCGACAUCUUACCUGUCUGUUCUGACUUUAUGGAGCGUGCGGUGGAAGGGACAGGUGUGGCCUUGAUAAGACCUCUUUGGCAACAAUCACAACCUGCUUUAUUGCAAGAAAUAUGGAACAUGCCUUGCACGACACUCAUUACCUGUAUCAAUCAGGAUAAAAUACCAUCUCAUGUAUUAGACAAAGUACAAGAUGUCUAUGAUGUGGGCAAACCAUUGACUCAAGCUGGGUUAGAUGCCAUUGCUGCUCAACAGAUAGAUAUCAGUCCCACAGGUGAAUUUGGUGAGUUACACACAAUGGUAGUGGAUUGUCCACUUUAUCAUCAAUACCGUCUUAAGGUAGAAGGCCAAAAAGCAAUUGAAGGCUCAUUUGUUUAUUUAAAAAUCAAUUCUGCUGAGCUUGUGAAUAAAUAAAAAAGGGGAGGAGGGCAUACACUUAAGUUCUAGGAGGAAGAACAUUGGUUCUGAAGAAACGGUUAGGGUCAGUGCCACCCCAGAUAACAUUGCCUCGGGGAGAAUAUUCACAAGCAUAAAAGUUACCAUUGAGGUUAGGACAGCUAGUGACAGCACAGCCUACUUGGGUGGUGU